ACUCUGUUAGUAAACAAGAUUAAAUAAACUGCAGACCAGAAAAGCAUGUUAUAUCAUCCUGCAUGCUUCCAACCACAUUCAGUCAUAAAUUAUAUUUGCUUGUUCUUAGUUGAACCUCCAUUUUCACACUGAAUACUGUGUAUAUAGAAAUCUACUGAAAGUAAUAUACGACUUUGUCAAAAUUUAGCAAAAAUGGCAGAGGAAUUUGAAAAGUAUGCCGUUCUCAAGAACAUGUUUCGUCGCCGGUCGAGCACGGAGUUUGUCGGAGGUUCGUUUCAAGAGACCAUGGACGAGACCAAUAUGUCCAAAGCGUUGAAUGACUUUGGGGCUCACGUGGACAAGCAAGAGCUUCACAAGACGAUUGAAACUAUGGCACCGCAGAAUCCUGGAAAACUAAACUUUGAUGAAUAUACCAAACUUUGCAAUCAGUUUGUCAAGGAUCCCACUUCUGUUCCAAGUGCCAUGAAUAUGAAAUUCCACGCCCUUAAUGACUUUGACACAUAGUGGCGAAAAGAGUGCGAGAAAUGCACACAUUCCUUCCGACGUUUGUACAUAUUCUUUGUUCCGAUUCACCUAAAACAUUCAGUUUGUAGAUUUUUGUUUAGAAAUAUGGUAGCGAUUUUGUAAGUAUCUAUUCACAGAGACUCCAUCUCAUAAAUAAAUCAAAUAUAUUUUAAUCAAAUCA